GCCGUGGGACGCUGCUCCGCGCCAACCUCAGCUCUCGCCGCCUCGUGCUCUCGUGUUCGCAGCUGCAACGGUGGGCAGAGGCUCACCUCGUCUGCUACCAUGAAUUACUCCAAUAUGAUUGAGGAGAAGAACCUCAAGAAAACCUUCAUAAUAGCCACGCUUGCCUCCACACUCAUCGGCACCUUCACUGCAUCGAUGGGUCUCUAUGACCGCGUCCAGGAUAAGCGGAAGCAGGGCAAGAGGGACACACAUCAAGACGCCGAGAUCAAAAAGCUGCGUGAAGACGUGCAGAAGGCGGAAAAACGGAGCAAGGAGCGCGAUGCCGAGUUGAGACGAAAGGACGAGGUUGGCAACAAUUUCCAACAAUCGAGCGCCCUCAUUCAGAGGCAGUACGACGAGGGAUAUGCACGGCUGGGGAACAAGUUCGCCAUGGGAGACACCCUCACCGAGAACCAACUCCAAGCGCAAAUCAUCGCCCUCCAGCAGACCGUCAUCACUGUCCUGCAGGAUGCCCUCUACAACGACCGCCAGCUUACCCGCGCCGACAUGGCUAAGAUAGUCGCAGCCACUAACUCCGCUCGCGACGGCACCAUCGAUGCUCUCCGCCAGCAGCAAAAGCGUCUUGCAUCCGCCGAAUCCUCGCCUCAGCGCGCACUGCCCGCCCCGAAACGCGCCUCCACAGUCAUCGAGUCCGACCCGCUCUACUGCCGCUACAGCCUUGACCUCCAAUUCAUACCCAAAAAGCCGCUCGCCGCAUCUUUCGCACCGGGCGGUGACUGCCGCUGUCCCGGGUGCGGUCUGCAUGUCGAUGCCACAUCCGACGAUUUCUGGAUGAUUGGAAAGCGAACGCCAAUCCUUGUCAGAGACGGCAAUUAUGAGAAAGAAAUAAUGCAGACGCGCGAGUUCCGGCUUGGCCAGCGCUUCGUGGCCAAGUGUCAUACACCCGACGGAGAAUAUGCCUGUGUGCUGUGUAGCAAGCACAGAGAUCAGGACGCGAUAUGCCGCACCGUGGAUUCGCUGGUCAACCAUGUGGGUCGGUUUCACGAAGUGAGCGAACUGGAGAGGGAUGUGGACCUAAGAGAGACGGUUCCGCUUGCGCUGCCGGCGCCUCCUUCGCCCCCGAGGUCGAUUGCGAAUGGCGCCAGAGAGCUACGCGAGCGAGAGGUAGAGGUGAGGGAGUACAGAUGAGCAGUCUGAGAGAACACGAUCUGAUAUUGGGAGCACAUCUACGUUUAAGCGCGCAUUUCAUAGCACUU